ACGAGAGAGAUAUGGAGGCAACGAAAGAGAGAAUGGAGAAAGACCAGAAAAAGAGAGUCGUCACCAACGAGGCGGGAAAAGCCGAAGACAACACGAUAAGAACCAUCAUUCGUGAAUCUAUAGUGGAAGACAGAGGUUCCAACGACGAUGAUGGCAACAAAGACAACGACCAUGGCGCUAGCAAGCCAGAGGACAUUCUUGCUUUCUCAAGAACCGUACGAAAGAUCGAUUCGUCCCUCGAGUAGUAGUUAAUGUCAGGUGUUCUGUUUUGUAGUCUUUAAUCAAAAUGUUCGAUUUUCGCAAUGCGUAAUGAUCUUUGUCUUUAUCAAUCGAAUGGACGAAACAAAAAAACUGUUUGAUAUUGUUACACUAUUUGUUUAACACAAAUGCGGAAGAGCAAUAAACAUCUAUGUUUACA